CUGACCGGCCCAUUUAUGCCCCAGGUUCUCCGAGCCCAUCUUUCUUUUGGGUUUUUUUAAACUUUCUAUUUUCGUGAUUACCAUUUUUGGCCACCUUUCACCUUAUUUCUUAAAUUAAUGUAUUAAACCACAUAACUGAAAAGAAGUCACUAUUUGCUCAUAAUGCUAAGUAAAUUUAGUCACGACCACGUUGAGCGUGGUUUGACCUACCAAUUCCAAAAUUAAGGUGCUCUCAAUUCUCAAAUCUCUCUUCGACGCAAGGUAGAGUGGGAGCAGGUGAGCCUAACCUUUUCAAGCUCAGGAAUGGUGCAGUUCGGAGGUUUGGUUUGCAGCAAACUCUUCUAAUCCACUUAGCACCAACAAUAUAUAGGAAAAUAUUGUGCACAAAGACGAACGCACAAGGGACCAUUGGAGCUAUUUCAGAAUGGCAGAGAAGGAACCCACAGAGCAUUCUAACAAAAGGAAAACGAGGUUGCCACCUUCAGUUCCAUUCCUUUGGGAAGUGAGGCCGGGAAUAGCAAAGAAAGAUUGGAAACCAGGGGUUUCUUCAGUUACACCAACUGUACCACCUCGAACUCCAAUCAAGCUUAUAGCCUCAGUUCCCUUUAAUUGGGAGGAAAAGCCCGGCACACCAUUGCCCAGCUUCUCCCAGCCUCCAGUAGAACCAGCAGCCGUGCCCCUAUCAGCAAAUCUCAUGACUCUACCUCCACGUCCAGUAUACACUCCAGCCUAUUUUAAUGGCUACGACAACAAUGAUGACCGAGGUGAUGGCAGUGAUGAACAAGACAUGGUGCCUGAAAUGGAUCUUGAAACAUUUGGUUUUGAGACAGAUGAUUCCUUUAGCUCAGCUCCAUCCCUCCUAGCGAAUUGCCUUGUAGCAUCAACAGCGAUUUGCACUGCUGUUCCAGUGCAGAAAACUUACCAUGCAGAUAAUAGCAGUGACCAUCCAGAAACACCUUCCUCGCCAGCUUCGGAAACUGAAAGUAGUACAAGCAGCUAUGCAACUCGCACUUCAAGCCUUGUGGGAGCUUCUUUCCUGGAAUGCCUGUUUCCAUUGCUUCCACCUAAUUCUGGUUUCCUUGAAAAGGCCAGGUACCCCAACCACCAGGGAUCUCAGACUCAAAAUGAUUUUGAUCAUGAGAGUAAUAGCACUGUUGUCAUAAGGAGGCCAGCAACACUUGGAGAGCUGAUAAUGAUGAGCAGGAGGAUGAGUUAUCAAAGAAAGGCUGUUCUAAUGCCAGAGCAGCAUCUAUCAAUGGUAAUUCUAAAUUUCCUGCUCCAUGUUUCACCAUUACUAUUGCCUGACUAAGCCGCUAUAGAACAACUAGGA